CCCACGUGGAACGAUGUCCAAGAUACUCAGCCUGCGCCUGCGCCAGCGCCUUCUUAGGCUGGAACUGCGCAACGCCAAGAAGCGUCUCAUGGUGCCCGACACCCGUUGGGACUACAAUCUUUACGUGGAGGACAGUAUGGACUGGCGAGAUCCGUCAUUUUUGGAAGCUCUCACGGCCGAGACGUGCAUAUUGCAAAAAAGAGUGGAAGCCUGUAAGAGCCACGUUCUCUUGGUCACCUGCUUCGACUCUUGUUCUCCUCAGCAACUGGCAUCGGCCGAGAUUAAGACCACCUAACGUAAAUUCAGAUCAGCACGCACGACCGCGUGUUGAUCGCCGAUCCCGCCCACCCACCUAUCUACGAAUUUAAUCGUUGAAAACGAGACGAGCGAGGUCGCCGAAUGAGACGAGAAAAAUAAAUUAAAAGCCGAGAUAAUUAUGGCGUCGAUGUCGCUCGACUCCGUCCAGUAGUUAUUAUAAAAUGAUAUAUUGCGGUAUCGUCAUCGUGUCAUUGUACAUCGUCGCUACUGUUAAGUCUCGAAAACGAUACUAUAUAGCAAAAUUAAAAAAAAAAAAAAAACGCGAGUUUUAAAAAGAAAGAACUUAAAAAAAAA